AUGUCCUUCCUUACCCCAUUCAUCAACGGCGAGGCCAGCCUGGCCAUUGGCUCGCUCCCGCUGACGCUGCUCAUCGCCGCGCUGCCGCACUGGUACACCAUCUACAAGGCCGAGGUCAACAAGGUGCAGGGCGGCUGGUCCAACGAGAACCCGCGCGCGUUUGUGGCGCGCCUGAAUGCAAAGGCCGCGUCGGGCAAGAAGCUGUCGGGCGUCGAGAACAUGAUUCUGCGCGGCCAGUCGGCGCAGCAGAACGGCUUUGAGUGGUGGGCUGUCUGGGCCGCUGCGGUGAUUCUGGGAACGCUGGCCAAGGUGCCGCAGGAGGAAAUGGCGAGAUACACGGUUAUCCAUGUCGGGUGCCGCCUGGUGUACAACUACCUGUAUGUCGUGACGUCAAGGCGCUCCCUGAGCUACUUGCGCACCAUCAUCUUCCAGUUCAGCAUCUACCCGGCGGUGGCCAUCUUUCUCAAGGCUGCUUCGGCGCUCAACUGA